AAUCGCUCCCCCAGAUUCCUAGCUCAACUUCCAGAGCUGACGUCAGCGGGCAGCCUUGGCAGUUCUCGCCGCUCCGGACAUAACGCUGUAAAAAUGCUGCUCUCCGUACCGCCAAGGACAGGAAUCAACCCAUACAACGGCUAUAACAGCAGAAACAGCAAAAAGCAAGCCUAUGUGUCCUCCAGCCAGCAGAUGGCACCCCCCAGUCCCAACACCAACAGUAGCAGUAACAGCAGCAGUGGGGGAGGCGAGCAGCUGAGCAAAACGAACCUGUACAUCCGUGGUCUCCACCCGGGUACCACAGACCAGGACCUGGUCAAGCUCUGCCAGCCGUACGGGAAGAUCGUUUCCACUAAGGCCAUCCUGGACAAGACCACCAACAAGUGCAAAGGUUAUGGCUUUGUUGAUUUCGACAGUCCAGCUGCCGCGCAGAAGGCGGUGACCGCCCUGAAGGCCAGCGGCGUCCAGGCACAGAUGGCCAAGCAACAAGAGCAGGACCCGACCAAUCUGUACAUCUCUAACCUGCCGCUCUCCAUGGACGAGCAGGAGCUGGAGGCCAUGUUGAAGUCCUUCGGCCAGGUCAUCUCCACCCGCAUUCUCCGUGAUGCCAACGGGACCAGCCGCGGCGUGGGCUUCGCCAGGAUGGAGUCGACCGAGAAGUGUGAAGCCAUCAUUCAGCAUUUUAAUGGCAAAUACAUCAAAACUCCCCCUGGUGUCCCAGUGCCCACGGAACCCUUGUUGUGUAAAUUUGCGGAUGGGGGACAGAAAAAGCGACAGAACCAGGGGAAGUACCUACAGAAUGGGCGGCCCUGGACCAGGGACGGGGAGACGGGAGGAAUGACGUUAACGUACGACCCCACAGCCUUACAGAACGGAUUCUAUUCGUCCCCCUACAGCAUCGCCCCAAAUCGAAUGAUUGCUCAGACGUCCAUUUCCCCAUAUAUGCAUUCUCCUGUCUCCUCCUACCAGGUACACAGUCCAUCCUGGAUGCAUCACCAGUCGUACCUCAUGCAACCAGCGGGGACCGUCCUGACCCCCACGUUGGACCACGCCAUGUCCAUCCAGCCCACCUCCAUGAUGGGCCCCCUCACGCAGCAGCUCAGCCACCUCUCCAUGGGCAGCACCGGCACGUAUAUGCCCGCAAACACAGCUAUGCAAGGGACGUACAUCCCACAGUACACCACGGUGCCUCCUUCCAGCGUCUCAGUAGAGGACAACAGUGGUCAGCAGCAACAGGUUGCUAUAGAAACACCCUCAGAACACACGAACUACUCCUACCAGCAUAGCAAGUGAAGCAGAGAAGAGUUUCUACUUCUUCCCUUCAUCAGCUCUUCAAGGAGGUACAUUCUGGAGUGGGGUCAGGAGAUUCCCGCUCAGAGCCUGACAGUGGCUUUGGUCCCUAUGUACCAGGACACUAUGCACCAGGACUUUUACACAGAAGACAAAAAAAGGAAACUCAUUUCUUUCCGAGAGGACAAACACUUAUUUCGUCAGGCUUUUUUUUUUUUUUUCUUUUUUUUUUUUCUUCGGGAGACAAGCAACCAAAGGUGGGGGAUGUCCACGAAGGAGAACCAACUUCUUUGUAUUUUGCUAACAGAAAAUCAAAGAAACAAAACAUUGAAAACAGGAUAACAAAUAGAGAAAGGGGGAAAUAACGAAAGCGUUACUUUUGUGCACGCAGUAUAGCGAGUUUUUUUUAUUUUAUUUUAUUUUUUUAACAUUCUGGAGUUGCAGAACGAGACAAGGAAAGAAAGUUACAACACGACGUGUCUUUUUUUAAGGUUUCUUUUUGUAAAAUAUUCAGACUUUUAUUUUUUAGUUUGUGUCUGUUUUUUGACAUUUUAUUAGCUGCAGUAGGACAAUUUUUGUACAGAUUCUAAAACUCGAACAAUGCAUUUUUGUCCAGUUUUGCAAUGUAGGUUUGAUAUCAUUAUUGUACUUCUAAAAAUGAAACAUUUAAACACAAACCGCUUAAAGCUACUACUUCCAGUCCGUUCCAAAUUGAAAAACAUAGCUGAACAGCUUCCAUUAAGUUGAGAGGCAGAGCAUCUGGAGAGCAGAAAUAAUUGAAAAUGCAUGGAGUUACGCUAGAUGGUUAGGAUUAUUUAAAAUAGUCUUUUAAAUCACCGACCAUGUAACGGAUUCCCUCAUAUACAAUACCAAGAGUAUUUUUAUUAAGAGCAAAAGACAAUCAUGACUAUUUUUCUAUUUAUAUUUUGGUCAUAGUUCUAUUUUUUUAGAGUGUAAAAGGAGAAACACAAACGUAUCAUGUAUAGUUUAUUUAAUUAGCCUAUUUAACAAAGUAUGUAAAUACUUAACAUAGACAGAGGUUAGACAGCUUUCUAUCUGGAUAAGGGUCGAUGCUUAUUUGAGAUUUUAGAUGUUCUAUUCACAAACAGGUAUCCAGUUAUCAUGAAAAUAGGUAAAUUCUACUCUAACUCUGAAGCCAACAUGUGAGGAGAUUUUCAUUGGGUUAUUUCUAUAAAUAAGAAUCUGUUUCAAUUUUUUGAGUACCUUCUUGUCAUAAAACUAAAGUCCAUAAUGUAGAAGAUUUGUUGUUCCCUUUAGGGAAAAACAUCUUAAAUAUUUUGUUCUAAUGUAUUUUGAAGUUUAAAGAAAUCAGAAAUCAUGCCCCCCAUAAAAUUACUAAUGUUUUUAUUUUAUUUAUAAGAAAACACUUCCUAUGAAUCCUAUGAAUUUCAUGCUAUAGCAAGAAAGAAAAUAAUGAGAUAUCUGCAGUAGCAAACAGGAAGGACUGAUGCUCAUGCAACAUAAAUCAUUCAGAUUAUAAUGACAUUAAACUGUGUCAAUUCAGUCAUAACUGUUACCAAAUUAUGUUGUCCAUCAGAAAUGUGAGGACUAUGUGGCAUGAGCAGAAUUAAAUAUUAUCCAAAAGUUAUAUAAUUUCCCUCUAUCAAAGCCCCUAUAUAUGAUGUAGUUAUAUAUUAGUAGCCUAAGCAAUACUCAUCUCUUAGACAGCCUGUGGCAGUGCAAUCAAUACUCUCAUAUUUGUGUGUUGUAAGACGCAUCGACAAGCUACCCUUUGAGAAAGGGAUACCGGCUGUCAACACAAUAUGAGAGUUUAUCACGUGCAGAAGUUAAACAAUUUAAAAGCAUAUAAUGCUGUAUAGAGCCUAACAAUCUGACCAUACUCAGAAAAUGAACUUUCCGGAAUACCCUCAAGAACGGCAUUUAAAUCACUUAUUCGAAUUUAAAACAGGAAGUCAUUGCUCAUUAUUGCGAUCAUUUAAUUGUUGCCGUAAAGUCAUAUAUAUAUUUGUUUUGUAUAAACACACUGUGCAUUUUUUGUGGAGUGUUCUGUGGUGUUGAAUCGUUCUCCAACACACUUGUGUUAACUAAGCAUACGAAUAUCUCUGCUCUUAUAACAGUGAACGGUGCUACCGUAGCUCCGCACUGACAGCCUCCCCAGAAUACACGCCGGCCUGCUCUGCGGGCAGGUGCCAGUAUUGCAGAGCACCGCGCCGAAGAAGUGGUUUUAAGCGGUUUCGUUCUCGUAGUUGCUGAGAAGACUGUUGGGCAAUCUCGCUUUUUUUUUGCGUGGACGUACAGGUCCAGUAAAUAGUAAGUAAUAGUAAGUAAACGUGUACAAAAACACUACAGAGUUGCAUAAGAAACGAUUUUUAAAACAUGUCAAAUUACGGGAAUUUUUUUUUUUUAAUUGAGCGCCAUGUUUUGUGUCCGAUAAUGUUUUGUUGUAGAUGGCGGGAGUAGCUGUGGGUGGUUUUAGAUUUUUGCUUUCACGAUGCUGCUGUUACUUUGUUUUACUCCUUUCUUUCAGGUUUUAAAAAGUUGUUUCUCUUGUGGGGCUUUUAAUUCACUUGAAAACUUUUUUUAGAUUUAUUGUCAUUUUUGUUGAAAAAAAUGUUUUUUUUAAAAAGAAAUUUCUUUAGAUAAUGUAGAUCUUUAAUAGGGAAAUAACUUUUUUAGGAGUGUAGCUUUUAGCUUUUUUUAAAAGAUUCAUAGGAUUUUGAAAUUAUGCUUUAGUCUGUUUGUACACGGUUUGUACACGGUCCAUGCAAACCACAAAUUUAUUUAAACUUUUCUUUCCCAUGUUUCUGAUACUGUGCAUCUUUUUCGUUUAAGUGUUCUUUCUCUUUCUCUCAUAUCCAAAAAGGGCUUUGCUGCAUUCUUGGGGGGAUAAUUUGCAAUGAAAACUUAUCUUUCUUGUCAGCUUUGGGCCAAAAGUAAAACAGCAGUCAAUCAUAUUAAAGUUACCAUAGAAUAUUUCAGAUUCUAAACUGGCAUGGCGCUGCUUUAUGGAAAAUGUUAGUCGCCUGUCUUACAAAUUUAAGAUUACAAUCUCCAAGCAGAUGUUACAAUUACAAAAAACUGAGGGAGAAGCAUUUGGUUUAUAAUUACAAGUCAGUCACCAUUACCUUACAAAUGCUUGAUCCAUCCAACCAGACGUUUUCCAUGCCUUUUCUUUCAUCAAACUUCUCAACAUUUUUAAAGGUAUGCUAUGCAGGAUUUUUAGCCUUGCUGUGGUCCUGUGCUUGCAAUCACUGAAGUCUCCUCCUCUGCCCUCAACCCCGCCCACACACCGCCAUUGAGGGCACUAUGGUUGGGGACACCCUUGAGCUCAGCAAGCAUAGCUAGCUGGAUAGCUAGAGGAAACGUUACUUACAAGGACUCCCACCCCACAGGUUCUGCAGCCACACCCACCCCUCCCCACACAGAAAAGAGUGUCACGCCCAGACACGCCAACUCAUCUAAAUGCAGGGGACAUUCAAUGUGUGCAUAGACAGGUUGCCCGUGCAUCAUAGAUAUGGCUGUGCAUGGUUAUUUUAUUAUAUAUUCAAGGUCAAAAUCCUGCAUAGUAUGCCUUUAGGACAAAAGCAUAGGUAACAGUAUAACACUGCAGAGUAUUGAGUGCUUUCGGUACGACCCAAGACUCAGCAUUUUGCCGUCCUUAAAAUAGCCUAAUCUAAAAAACAACUUUCAGGAUACCAAAAAAUAUGAGAUUUAAUGAUACUCCAAUGGUGACAUUUACCAUAUAUUCUUUGUGUUGUCCGAAAGUGAUAUUUUCCAAAAGAAAAUAUAGGCUAUGUAUACAACAUGCAUUGAAGGCAUACUUGUGAACAGUUGUACUCAACUGAAAAAUAUGAAUGAAAGCAUACAAAUCGAACAUGCCUCUAAGGCUGGAUAAGUUCAUUAUCUAACUAUAGGAACAGUUUUUAGCCAUAAACAACCCCACAGGACACAGUUUCAUGUUAAAAAGAAUAUGUAUCCACCCAAACAUUUUGCAUACAGUACAUGAAACAUACCUAUUACACAUAGGUCCCACAUAAUCUGAUGAAAAAUGAGCAUGUCCACAAUCAAUUCUAGUCAACAUACAGACAUACAGAUUUUUUUUGUUUGUCAUCAAUACUUAUCAGAGAUGGAUCUGUCCUCUACCUGAGAAUGCCUGGAUGCAUUUUCUCCCAGGUGCAUUACUGUAGGUAUAAAUGCAGUUAGUUAGUCAUACACCCAGUCAAAGAACAAGACCGCACUCAAGAGCCAUUGAUAACUUCUAAGUUCUGAAAUACGGCAACAUUUUCCUUUGACCGAAUCGCACGUUCUUGAUAUUCUUGUAGCCUUCCUGUGCAUAAAAUGUCAUUGAUAUUGAUUCACUUUUUGAAGCAGUCAGAUUUCUGGUGCCUAAAAGCUUUCUGGAUGGUUAAACAUCCUGGACACGUGGCAGAGCUUUAAAAAUGCCUUGAAACCCAUCUGGCUGAUGUAUUCUUGUGAAACAGAAUGUGCAGCAGCAUACUGUAUGCACAAUAAAUACAGCAGGGUGGUUAUGAGAAAUCAGUCUGUGUCAUGACGGAACCACUGCGAAAUGCACUAAACUUGGAAAGUCAGUUUUUUCCUCUUAGUAAAUAAAUAGACCUCUUGAUUUUAUUAAAUUUCUCUUUUCUUUUGUAAUUCAACUUCAAAUACAGUGUCUGUGCAGAAAGGGCUAUUCAAUUAGAAAUGCAUUUUUCUAAAAAAAAAAGUAAUGCAAGUUUUGUUUCCCUAAAGUAAGAUGUUUUUGUAGAGAAAUGUCAGGGAUAGUAUAUAUAUAUAUCCCUGAAUUAAUGAAUGUACAUUAUAGCUUGGUAAACUGAGAUAAGGUUUCUUUUUGAACCUUUAGGGUUGGUUUCAAAAUCAUUGCUACUCUGGGGGAACCUUUAAGAUUCAUUAACCGUUUUGUGGGGUUCAAUUAGGAGCUGCUUUAAAAGGUUAACAAUUGAAAGGAAAUGUAAAACUAAAUCCAAACAUACACAAUUCAGACGUAAUCCCAGGCAUUAAAUGCCUGUGGGAUUGUACAAUUUGAACACUGGGAGUAAAAUGUAUCAUCAUUAAAAGGGCACCCAAAGUUGUUCUGUCCAAAUUAAGUUAAAUAUUUCCCCUACAUAUGAUUGUUUGCAAUCUUUACUCUAUGGACUAUAUGGCUAACGAUUGUUAAAAAAAACAUGCUGCCCUGGUCAAUUAUGUCUAUGUUUUUAUAUAAUUCAAAAUAACUCUGGAGAGAAGAUAUACUUCUCUCUCACUGUUUUUACUGCUUGUGCUCACUCUUUUUCUCUUUCUCUGUCUCUCUCGCUCUCUCUCUCUCUCUCAAAAGUGUUGUUUAUGUACCUUACCAAAGACAACAAAGCCAUCCAUGUAACAUUAAGCAAGCUGUCUGUCUGUCCAAGUACAUCUUUAGGGGAUAAAAAAGCUGAAAUCUCAUAUGGUGAACAUUUUUGCCCUUUUUUUUUUUUUUUUACAUUUUCUGUUUGGUCGGCAAUAUCUUCCAUAGGGAAUUUGUGGCUGCUGUUUCCCACAAGCCCUUGCAAAUUCCAAAACCCUUUUAGAAGAAAAUCCUCAACAGGGCUUUUACGGGGCAUGUAAGAGAUAAAUGAAACAGAUAACAUAUGGCUAGAUGCAAUUUGUCACAACUCAUCUGAAGUAGAAUCAUGAUAUUGCCAAGUAAGCUGGGAAAUUUAUAUGUGAGGAUGGAGGCAGUUAUGAGAUUUCAGGCUUUUCCUGUAACUCUUUCUGUGUACAUAGUGAGACUCUCAGCUUUUCUUUUUUUAUUGAAACAUUGUUAGGACCAUCCUUCCAUUUUAUGCCUUUUUUUUCCUUGUUUUACUGUUGAUUGUUUGUUCUGUGAUUUUUUUAAAUGUUCAGAUACAACUAUUGCCGUCACAGGUUUAUCACAGGUUUAUGCACCUCAUGAAGGAGCGAAAAGCGAAACUGAUAAAUUGUGUCUCAGCCACUAUGUAUGGAAACAUAACAUGGCUUUGAAACUAUGAAAUGACCAAGUCGUUACGUCGCAGUGUUUCCCUUGAAAGCGUGUCUUGUCAAAUGCCGAUCUAAAUUUGGGUCAAAGUCUGGGGGAAAUUGGCUCGAACUUCAAGGCGGGUUGAUUUACGCAGAGUUGCAUGUAGCUAGUCCAGAUCUGUCUCUAAAAAUUGUGAAAACUGUAGGAACUGUAAAGCAGCUACCCAAAGCAAAGGCAUAUUUAUUUGUCAGUCAUGCUGCCAUCAUUGUAGGAGAAUCAUUUUACCUCAAUCUUGAACCUCGUAGUAGUCCAUAAAUGGGUUUGCAGAUGAGCCGAGUCAGCCAAAAAAUAACUAGGUCGAAGGCUGUAAUGUGAGAUAGCCAGAGUUGGCAUAGAAGUUCAGCUAGCUAGUCAAACUAUCUCGGUAGAUCCCACUUUGAAUAGGCUCUUGCAAAAAGUCAUGGUUUUUAAAUGUCAAAUUCACAAGCGUGGCUAGCCUCAUGUAGCUUAAAUGGUUUAUUUCAUAGUUUCAAAAGGUUUUGCUGCUAACAGGAGAUGUGAAAGCAGUUUGUGAGUGGUGAGCCAUGCUGGUUGUUCAAAACUGCAGACGUCAAUCCAUUUUACGAAACCUGGAGGAUUCAUUGCUUGCCGAUGCACUGCAAGGCACUACCAUUUAGCCAUGUACUUACACAUUCAAUGGCGACAAAGGGCUCAGCUAUUUUACCUUACCUGUUUUAUGAUUUUUAAGUCCAGUGAGCUUGUCCCUCUUCAAAACUGGGAACAGAUCAUAUUUUUUAUGCAAAAAACUUGUUUUAGUUAAGAAUAACCGCAUGUUUGACCCCAUAUGGCCUCCCUUUACACAACUAUAAAUAAUCAUUGUAAGGGUUGUAUACACAGGAAAUGAGCAUUUCUUUCCUUAAAACAUAUUGGUUAAACAGUAUUUUCUUCCCAUAUUUUAAAUGCCCUUUUAAUAAAGCAAACUGACAGUAUGUUGAUUUAUUUCAUAUACUUGGGUAAAUGGAAAUAAACUUUUAAAAACUUUAAUAUUUAACCAGGAAAGUCCAUUUUUCGAGGUAGACCUGGCCAAGAUGGCACACAUUACGAAGUUACAAGAGUUGGUAAAAAGCAUAUUAAAAUAUUGGGAAUAUAGGGAAAUAAAGCCGACAUACAAUACAAUAAUUGAUCUAGCUCAGGAGAAGCCAGUACAUUCUUCAGUUACACAGUCAUUGAUCAUGACUUUGAAUUUACCUAUUAAACUGGCUUGUUGCCUGUCCAUUCGGUAGCUUGGUGUAUUUUCAAUGCUUUGCAUAUUUUUAUUUAAAAUUCACCAUACAUGAUGUCUUAAAUAAUUAAUGAAAUAUUAAAAGCUGAGUUUUUAAGUUAAAUAAUUUCAGGUAUCUUUUAACUGUUAACAACACAAUCAGGCCCUGGCAGGAAAUAUGUCUUGAUACAAAUACGCAAUAUAAAUGAGAAAUUACAGUGGUACUAGCACAUACCUGUGUGCUAGAAGUGGGAUACUGCUAGUAGACUAAAGCAAGCCUUACUGACCCUAACCUUGUGUAAAUUUUUACGCAUGCAUCCAAAUAUGAAAUCUUUAAUAAUAUCCAAGCAAAAACAAACUGUGUUGCCCAGGAAACAUACACAUGCAGAGAUGCUGACAUUGUAUGUGAUUGAAGUGCCACUCUUUUAAAAUAAAAACAGGUUUUUUCUCUCUUAAAUGACAAAUUAUAUUUUUGUCAAGGUCACAGGGCCUGUACGCAAGUAUGGGUUGAGAUCAGAAUCAUGCCCUUUGUAGCCUACUGCUAGUCCUAAAUGUACGUCAGUUGCCCAUUGGCAAAUUAUCCAGGUUCCAGUCAUCUUUUUUGAUUACAAAUAUGCAACUGGCUCCUCACUCACAAAACAUUGGCUUUUAAACAUUUUCCUCAAUCAUACAAUAACUCAUCUGUAUAAUAUAUGAACAGAGAAAUGUUUUGGUAUUUAGCUAGCUAGCUUGCUAGCUAUUUUUGUCUUCCUGUGCCAUAGAGUUGCUGGUUUCUUUGUUACUCUUGUUUUUUUUAUUCAUGGAAGAAAAAAAAUCACAGCCUUUUGAAUUGUUUUUGUUUCUUCUUUGGAUUUACUCUUUGAAUUUGACAUGUCCAGUUUUCUUUUUUAAUUAAAAAAGUUCUUGUUUUUC